AAAUUUUCCUUGAUGCCAGCAUGGAAUUCAAGAUCAAACCUCUCCACAAUACAACGGAGCAUAGAACCACUCGGCACGGUGAAAGCCAGCUCACCCGGAUAAUCGACGACUCCAAGGAUGUACCACAUAUGUCGGCAAUGGGAGGUCGUGAUCUAAGCGAACCAUUGAAAACGGCUGCUGAGGAGGUCGCCAGUGUUGUUGCCUCAGAAGUCCUUACACCGCUCUUGGACAAGAUCAACAUUUUCAUUCAGCUUGCUGGCAAGUUCGCUGAGGCCCAUCCUUACACCAAAAUGGCGUUCAUGGUUCUCACUGCAGUAUAUCAGUUGGUGGAUGCACAAUUUGCCCGAGACCGAAAUAUUCGUCAGCUCGUUACUAUUAUGCACGAAACCUACAGCCUUGUCUCUGGCGUAGAAGAACUGAAAAGGAUGGAAUCGCAAGUAAAGACCAUCAACUCCCUCGCUCGCCAGACGAUCGAGUGCUCGUACUUUAUUCGUGACUAUCUGCAGAGCAGGAGUGGGUGGAAACAGAGCUUUUCGAACGCGUUGUCCGACAUCGAUAAUAAAAUUCAAAUGUACGAAGCAACGUUCAAAGAACUCAGGAAUGCCAUACAACAGCAGGCCACGAUUAAUACGCAACUCUUUGUCCUUCGUGUUUAUGAUGUAUUGCUUGACCAUGCCGCGAAAGCAGACCUUGACGCCCUGCAUUAUGCUAUUGGCGCUUCGAUUGAAUCACAGAAGAUCGGAGAUGUGUCCUCACAGACCGAUAUCCUGGAGUCGAUAACUUCAUGGGUCAAUCAAGACGUUGGACAGCAGAUCUACCUCUUGCUAGGUCCAAAGGGGUCUGGAAAAUCCACUAUCGCAUAUACCAUUGCACGCCAAUUCGACGCAAUUGUGCGUCUCGGUUCGUCGUACUUUUUUUCGCGCGCUUUCCAGGACAAGCGAAACGCUACGAAUUUGUUUAGCACGAUUGCACGGGACCUUGCUGAUCACGACCUUCAAUAUAUGAAGGCUCUCUGGGACACCGUGAAAGACAAGCGCGCGUUACGUGAAACGAUCGACCCACUUACUCAGUUCGAUCGCUUUAUCCUUAGUCCUGCGAGUCAAAUGACAUAUAUCGGCCCUGUGCUAGUGGUCAUCGACGGGUUGGAAUACAGCGGCGGCGAGUCAGAUCGCAGGGACCUCCUGACUGCGCUCGCAGUGAAAGGAGCAGAGCUCCCCCGUAAUUUCAAGUUACUGGUCACCUGCCGCCCAGAGCAGGACGUUUGCGCUGCUUUCAAAGGAAAAUCUCAUGUUAUACAGAAGUAUUUGAAACAUCGCGCCGACUCACUCAUUAUUCCGCCAUCAACAUUGGGGCAAAACCAGACAAGCAGGUCUAGGUCUCGCCCUCCCACCCCUCCUCUAUCUAUCCCCGAUUUUGCGCAAUACAACCCUUCACCUCUGGCUGACUCGUCGAUGACCGGCACAAGUGACUCCACUCCGAUAUCGGAUGUCUCGAGUUCAGACUCAGCAGUCUCCACUGUGUUUGACCCCUGGGAUGACGGCUGUGAUUCUACCGAGUCCCCUCCUUCCAGUACCAGAUCCGUUUAUGAGGAGCCACAGCCUUCAAAAAAGAAGGCCCUUGUACAAGUUACACGCAGGAGUGAAGAGUUCAUCACUGUAGAGCAGAUCUCCGCGACAGGCGGCCGUACCAUUAGAGGAACCAAUUUGAAGAAGCACGAUAACUGGAUCGUCGAGCAGCAUGAUCAUUCUCAAAGUGGUCUGCUACUUAAAGAACUAGGAUUCGUCAUAUCAGCAGAGCCGACGAAUGAUUUGGCGCCGAUACUUGGAUCAUGCAGUAGUCGUCUCCCCAAACGACCUCGCCAGAAGCAGGUCCGAGCAAAGACUCUUGUCCGUCAUUCCACGAGUGUGGAUGGGGCGGAGAUACCGGGUUAGGAUGAUGAUCUCGCAUGUCGGUGAUAUCACCUUGUCACAUCUGCCUGCAGUGCUAUGUAUUAUAGAAAUGUAAUAUGGUCGUCACUCCACUAACCUCGACGACAGAUACUAUGCUAUGCGAUCCCUACGUGCAAUGAUCAAACGACUGUUACUGCGCAAUGUUCUAGUCUUGGCCCUCCACUACAUCUGUUGUAUGUACUCCUACAUCCGAACCGUCAAUAUUUACAAUCUGCAUUACCUCCGCAUCCAACUUAUACCAUAACAUCUUUCGGGUUCGCCGCCACAUUCGCGGUUGCGCAAUGGUAU